AUGUCAUGGCUGACCUCGGUAUCAGGGAGAGCCAGCGACGAAGAUUCCGACCCAGAAGGAGGCGACAAUGCCGAGCAGGAGGUCGUGGCAUCGUGGGCGUUGUUCAUAUUGCUGAUCCUUCUGAUAAUAUCCUUCUUCACGAGCUACAUGCUCCAACAGAAGAAGGUACAGGCUGUGCACGAGACGGUCAUCUCCAUCUUUGCCGGUAUGACGGUUGGUCUACUACUUAGAGUGACCACUGGCUCUUCCUUGCAGCAGCUCGUGAGCUUCGACUUCCAAAUCUUCUUCAACCUUCUCCUGCCGCCCAUCAUCCUGAACGCGGGCUACGAAUUACACCAAGCAAACUUCUUCCGAAACAUUGGCGUCAUCUUGACUUUCGCUUUCGCCGGAACAUUCCUAUCUGCCGUUGUCAUCGGGACACUACUCUGGCUUUAUACUCGCGUACCCCUCGAAGGCCUCGACCUGAGCUUUGUAGAUGCUAUAUCCGUCGGUGCCACGCUAUCUGCCACAGACCCUGUUACCAUCUUGGCCAUCUUCAAUACCUACAAAGUCGACCCCAAGCUAUACACCAUUAUUUUUGGCGAAUCUAUACUGAACGAUGCCAUUGCUAUCGUCAUUUUCGAGACUGCCCAGAAGUACAAGAGCGGCACCGCAGCAUCCUACGGCCUCUUCAGCUUCCUCGAGGGUAUAGGCAUCUUCUUGCUCUCCUUCUUCGGCAGCUUACUUAUUGGUGUCUUGGUUGGCGUUGCGACCGCACUCAUCCUGAAGUUCACCUACUUGAGGAGAUAUCCCCAGAUCGAGAGUUGUCUCGUCGUUCUGGUUUCUUAUGCAACAUACUUUUUCGCCCAGGCGCUGCCUAAAAUGUCGGGUAUUGUGGCUUUGCUGUUUUGUGGAAUUACACUCAAACAUUACGCCUACUUCAACAUGUCCAGGCGGACACAGCUGAGCACCAAGUACCUCUUUCAGGUUUUGGCCCAGUUGUCUGAGAAUUUUAUAUUCAUCUACUUGGGAAUCUCCUUGUUCACCGACAAGGACCUUCGCUUCCAACCUCUCCUGAUUAUCGUUACCGUGCUAGCCGUCUGUGCCGCCAGAUAUGUUGCGGUCUUCCCCCUUUCCAGCGCCAUCAACUGGUUCAUUCGAUACCGCGCCAGGCGCCAGGGGAGGGACGUCGCUGAUGAACUGCCGCGCAACUACCAAGCAAUGUUGUUCUGGGCGGGUCUUCGUGGAGCUGUCGGUGUGGCCCUGGCUGCGCUACUGACUGGCGACAACUCGUACGCUCUCAAAGCAACCAUUCUCGUUGUCGUCGUGCUUACCGUGAUUAUCUUUGGUGGUACCACGGCUCGUAUGCUUGAGAUUCUUGGAAUUCGGACAGGCGUUGUAGAGGAAGUUGACAGCGAUGACGAAUUUGACAUCGAAGCCGCACCUAGCGGGUCCUUCUACAAGCGAUCGGGCACCGGAAUUGGGUAUACGCCACGGGCUAGGAACGGCUCUGUGGGAAUGUCUAAUCUAGGCAACAAGCGCAGAAACAGUAAUCCAAAGCGCGGAAGCUACGUAUCCGGAUCCCAUUCUCCAUCUGUCAUCGGGGUACGGCCCUCGAGUUUGAGUCGGAAAGGCUCGAGAAACGAAGACGAGAGAGGCGAUCUGCUGGGAAGGACCGGCAGUAUGACGGACGACUCAGAUUUAGGCUCCGACAUAGAUACUUCCGACCUUCCUCCUCCAGCCCGGCGCCCUCCACCGAGGAAGAAUAGCAGCCCUGGUAUGCUCACGCCUGGAGGCACGUCAGAAGAAGAGAGUGGCGUGUUCAAUUAUCCUACUUCGGGGCAUAGAGACACGCAGCCAGUGUCUGCAUCGGCAGCUAUUCGGCAACUAUUCACUUCGCAAGAUCCGCAAGCUCUGUUCAGACAACUUGACGAGGACUUUAUUAAACCUAAGUUGCUGUUGGAUGGACCUGGGGGUUCAAACGGCAGGGAUAACGGAGAGGGGUCAAGCUAG